ACAAAACAAAAAAAAACAAACAAACAAACAAACAAAUACAUAAUCCCAAGGCACUCAUUCAUGGAAUGUUCUUGUGCCGGAAUCUCUUCUCCACCCCCAACAUCAAUUUCCCUCCCUCCCGUCCUUCCCCCUUCCCUCCAACAUGCGAAAGCGCAACAGCCUCCGCAGCUUCGGGGCUUGUCCCGGCAAGUUGGGUCGGAGGUGCUUUCUCAGGUAUAAAAAACACGCGGGAUCCAGCGAAACGCUCGAUUGACCAGAUAUCGGAGAAAAGCACAGCGGGUCGAGACCUGCAACGACGAAGUGAAGCCCCCUCACGUUCAGCGACGUCGUUGUGCUGUGCGCCGCCUUUCGACAUUACAGCACCGCGUGCAGCGAGACCUGCUGCCUGGCGCACGGCCUUGAAUCCUUCCGGCGUAUAAAAGAGCUGUGCAGCCCAUGGCUUCCCAUCGCUCCAUUCACCAAGCACUCUCCAAGCCCCUACACAUCAGUGCGGCCACGACUCUUCUUGUUGCUCAAAUUCCCCAGGACAGGACAAGACAGCUCAGGACACGACAAGACAACCCAGCGAGCAACACCCGAGAGGGGACGGGAUUCCCAACCAACCCCAGCGGUGAACGAUCGUUGUCACGCAGUGGGCGCACAAUGGAGACGCUUGCCAAGCGCGUCGUGUUCGUGGCGCUCCUCGUCCAGGCCGCUCUGCUACCGAUGCUCUCCAUGGCGGCUGACGCCGAUCCCAUCCAGGACUUCUGCGUCGCAGACGCCUCCAGCACGCUCACCAUCAACGGUCUGGUGUGCAAGCCCGCGGCCGACGUGAAGGUGAACGACUUCCUGUUCAGGGGCCUCGACAAGCCCGGCAACACCGGCGGCCCCACUGCCAACGCCGUCACGCCCGUGGCCGCCGCUCAGCUCCCCGGCCUGAACACUCUGGGCAUCUCCCUGGCUCGCCUGGACUUCGCCAAGGGCGGCAUCAACGUACCCCACAUCCACCCUCGCGCCACCGAGGUCCUGGCGCUGCUGCAGGGGGAGCUGUACGUCGGGUUCGUCAGCACCACCAACAACACGCUGUUCGCCACCACGCUGUACGCGGGCGACGUGUUCGUGUUCCCCAGAGGGCUGGUCCACUUCCAGCUCAAUGUGGGCAAGGGCGCGGCGGUGGCCAUCGCGGCGCUCAGCAGCCAGAACCCGGGAGUGCAGCAAGUGGCGCCGGCGCUGUUCGCAGCCAACCCUCCCAUCAACGACGAGGUGCUGGAGAAGGCGUUCCACCUGAACCAGAACCAAGUCCAGCACAUCAAGGCCAGCUUCGUCAAGGCUUGAGCGUCACCACACAGCGCCGUCCAAUUGCUCUCGUACCUUUGAGCGCACGCGCAUCCAGGAGGUAGCGCAUUGCAACGCCUCGGAUUCGUCCCAAACCGACUGCACGCGCAGCUGGCAUGGCAUGGAGGCCGCGCGUCUGAGCACCACAACAGCACGAAGCAUAUGUACGCCCUGUUAGUUGUAGUUGAGGCUGUAGUGAGUGGAGAAGUAGGCUAGGUUUGCGCCAGAGUCGACGGCCGUCGCUGCGAACUGAGCUGUCGGCGUUGUUCUAUAGCCUAGCCUAGUGUAGUGUGCAUUCAUCGUGGGGCGACGUUGUGUCUCGCUUUCACGCCCUCCAUCAGCCAAGAUUCUAUUCAACCAAGUGCUGGCAUCACACCUGGGAUCCCAUUCCGGCCUUCCUUGA